AUGCAUUACAAUGCCAGAUCCCUACAAGACUACCAGGAAAAAUAUGUGUCCAACAUGACCACCAUCACUGAGUUCCUUCUCUUGGGGUUUCCUGAUGUGUUUGAACUUCAGAUUUUACAGUUUGUGAUGUUCCUUCUGAUUUAUCUGCUAGCUCUGAUUGGCAACCUUCUUCUCAUUCUUGUUGUAACUCUGAACUGCCAUCUUCAUACACCCAUGUACUUACUUUUGGCCAAUUUAUCCAUUCUUGAUAUCUGCUACAUCUCCGUCACAGUCCCUAAAGCCAUGGACGUCUCCUUAACCCAAGUCAGAUCUAUUUCCUUCUCUGGAUGCAUGGCCCAAAUCUUCUUUGGAAUUACAUUUGCAUCUGCAGAAAUGGUGCUUCUCACCAUCAUGGCUUAUGACCGCUACAUUGCCAUAUGCUACCCCCUCCGUUACCACGUAAUCAUGGGCAAGAUGAAAUGUUCCAUCAUGGUAUUUGGUUGUUGGUUGGGCAGUAUCAUCUACUCAGCACUACACACGUUGAACGCUGUACUCUUGCCAUUUUGUGGGCCAAACACCAUCCAACAGCUAUUCUGUGAUAUCCCUCAGGUACUACAGUUGGCCUGUGCUGAUACAUUUGGCAAUAAAAUGACAAUCCUCAUAUGUGGCAUUGUUUUUGGUUUAAUCUUUUGUUCUUCUGUCAUACUGUCUUACAUUCGCAUCUUUGUUGCAGUCCAAAACAUCCCUUCUUCCCAGGGCAGGUACAAAGCUUUCUCCACAUGUCUGCCUCAUCUCAUGGUCUUUUCUUUAUUUAUGAUUACUGGACUGUUUACAUACUUGAAGAAAAGUUCAGAGUCAUCUUUCAAGGAAAUCCUGGCAGCUUUAUUGUAUUCUAUUGUGUCACCUGUAGCCAACCCAGUAAUUUACAGCCUAAGAAACAAGGAGAUAAAAAAGGCUAUUGGAAGAUACCUAAACAAAACAAAUUUCAUGAAAGGGAAGCCUUUAACAAAAAAAAGAGGGAAGGAAAUGAGAACAAAUUCUCCACAACCAGAAUCUGCUCAUGAAAGUUGA